UGAUCUUCGCGUAUUACAUUACAUUCUGAAAACGCUCGGCAGCUGGUGUAUAAAUAGGUGGCUAAGAGCGCCACAGAAACCACAGAAAACAAAUGGAGACCUCGAAGAUGGCGAAGAACAUCGCGCUCUUGCUGCUGCUAUUCACCGUUUGCAACCCAGGAUGCGCAGCCGCAGGUGCCUGCAGCCUCUCAGACCUCGCCGUAACGCAGACCGCGGUGCCCUCGAAGGCGAACGUCUACGCGGUGACGGUGGAGAACCGGUGCAUCUGCACACAGGCGAACGUCAAGCUGGCGUGUGACGGGUUCAGCUCCUCCGUGGCCGUCGACCCGGGCGUGCUCAGCGUGGACGGCAAGCUCUGCACCCUCAACGGCGGGCGCCCCAUCGGCAUGGGCCCGGAGUACGCCGUCAAGUUCUCCUACGCCUCGCCGUCCCAGUUCGCCUUCAAACCCGUGUCGUCAUCCAUUGCCUGCUCUUGAUUAACUCAUCGAGGCCAGCCUUAGCUGUUGCUCUGCCAUACUCACGUUCUUUUCCACGGCGAUUUGAUGUUUCGAUCGAACAAUAUUUUGACGGUGAAUAAUUCAUCGGGAGAGACAUUUUUGAUUGAUUUC